AUGAGCACCAUGGAUCUACCAUGUGACGUGCUAGCACCACACGUGAUCGGAACUUUUCCGGACACGCACGUGACCACCAGUGGGGCCGCGCCCAGCAACGCACCCACGACUUUGAAGCGCACCGUGUACGUGACGGAUGCCAAGGCUGUGACCCCGGGAGUCCGAACGCUCAACAAGGCUGCCACUGCGCAACUCUUGGCACUUAUCGACGCCAAUCUGGGCCACUUCUAUCAGGACUACGGAUCUGCCAUAUACCCUGAUUUGCAAGGCCCCUCCGCUGAGUGGCGCGACUGCAAAGUCAAAGAAAUGCACACCGCGGGCCUGGUGUAUGUGGUGUACCACGAGCCUGACGACCCAGCGCGCACGCCGGUGGCAUUCGUCUCCCUUCUGCUCACCCACGAGCCCGAGUUCACCGGCAACCCGCUCGUGUUGUACGUGUACGAAAUCCACGUGACCGAUAGCGCACGGGGUCACGGCCUGGGCACGUGGCUAAUGCGUGACGUGCUUACCCGGACAAUGGCCCGUCUGCAGAAGGCCUUCCCAGGGCACCCCGGGUUUCGUGGUGUGGAGCUCACCGUGUUCGCGGCAAAUGCCCCUGCCAUACGGUUCUACCUGAAACGGCUACGCAUGUCGGUAGCGCCAUGGUCGGCUCCGGUUGAUUUCCCUGCUCAAACGCAGCUACCACCGCUAAACUCGCGCCGUACCAGAUCUUCCAUUUACCAUUACCAGCCGCCUGCUGCUGUCAAGCUGCAAAGACGGCAUUCCACGCCUGUGUACCACAUUCUCUUCUGGUCAUGUGAGCAAGCGAAUUCACAAGCUCAUUAG